AUGCGCACACUCAAGCGCUCUCACUCGCUCACUCACGCGCUCUCUCAUGCGCUCUCUCCCGCGCGCUUUUAUGCACACUCUCACGCGCUCUCUCACGCGCGCUCUCACGCACGCUCUCACGCGCUCCCUCACGUGCACUCUCACACGCUCUCUCCUGCGCUCUCUGACGCACUCUCGCACACGCUCUCUCACGUGCUCUCUCAAGCGCACUCUCACGCGCUCCCUCACGCGCACUCUCUCGCGCAUUCUCGCUCUCACGCGCUCUCUCGCAAGCUCUCUUGCGCGCUCUCUCACGUGCUCUCUCGCUCGCACUCACGCGCUCUCUCACGCGCACUCUCACGCACACUCACGCGCUCUCUCACAUGCUCUCUCACGCAUUCUCUCAUGCGCUCUCUCACGGGCUCUCACGCAUUCCGUCGCACUCCCUCUCGCGCACUCUCUUGCGCAUUCUCUCUCUCACGCGCUCUCUCUCGCACACUCUCACGCUCUCUCACGCGCUCUUUGAUGCGCUCUCUCACGCGCUCCCUCUCGCGCUCUCUCAUGCGCUCUCUCACGCGCGCUUUUACACGCACUCUCACGCGCUCUCUCACGCGCGCUAUCACGCGCUCUCUCACGCGCGCUCUCACGCGCUCCCUCACGUGCACUCUCACGCGCACUCACGUGCACUCUCACACGCCCUCUCCUGCGCUCUCUGACGCACUCUCGCACACGCUCUCUCACGCUCUCUCACGUGCUCUCUCAAGCGCACUCUCACGCGCUCCCUCACGCGCACUCUCUCGCACAUUCUCGCUCUCACGCGCUCUCUCGCACGCUCUCUUGCGCGCUCUCUCACGUGCUCUCUCUCUCGCACUCUCACUCGCCCUCUCACGCGCUCUCUCACGCGCACUCUCACGCGCUCUCUCACAUGCUCUCUCACGCAAUCUCUCAUGCACUCUCUCACGGGCUCUCACGCAUUCCCGCACUCUCACGCGCUCCCUCACGCACACUCUCUCGCACAUUCUCGCUCUCACGCGCUCUCUCGCACGCUCUCUUGCGCGCUCUCUCACGUGCUCUCUCUCUCGCACUCUCACUCGCCCUCUCACGCGCUCUCUCACGCGCACUCUCACGCGCUCUCUCACAUGCUCUCUCGCGCAAUCUCUCAUGCGCUCUCUCACGGGCUCUCACGCAUUCCGUCGCACUCCCUCUCGCGCACUCUCUUGCGCAUUCUCUCUCUCACGUGCUCUCUCAUGCACAUUCUCUCGCACACUCUCACGCUCUCUCACGCGCUCCUUCACGCACUCUCUCACGCACUCUCUCACGCACUCUCUCACGCGCUCUCUGACACGCGCUCUCUCACGUGCUCUCUCACGCUCACGCACUCUCUCACGCACUCUCUCACGCGCUCUCUCACGGGCUCUCACGCACUCCCUCAUGCUCUCUCUCGCGCAAUCUCUUGCGCAUUCCCUCUGUCACGCGCUCUUUCUCGCGCACUCCCACACGCUCUCUCACGCACACUCCCACGCGCUCUCUCACGCGCUCUCUCACGCGCUCUCUCACGCGCUCUCUCACGCGCACUCUCAUGCGCUCCCUCACGUGCUCUCUCACGCACUCUCUCAUGCACUCUCUCACGCGCUCUCUCACUCGCAUUCUCACGCGCACUCUCACGCGCACUCUCACACGCACUCUCACACGCACUCUCACGCGCUCUCACACGCUCCCUCACGCGCUCUAUCACGCACUCUCUCACGCGCUCUCGCACGCGCUCUCGCACGUGCUCUCUCACGCGCUCCCGUGCACACGCUCCCCCUCGCGCUCCUCUUCUUUACGAGGAGACGAAUUGACUAA